UCUGUUCGUCUUCUGGCUCCCUAGUCCCUUCCCCCGAGCGCUCUGUUCAUCGUCGAAUUGGGAUACAGAAGGGGAGAGCUGAAAGUGGAGAGGAGAUCGCCGUUUUGUUGAAAUCAUACCAUGCACUGUAAGGGACAGUCUGAGCCAUAUAGCUAGAGGGCUCUUCAAUUUCAAAGCACACGGGCGAAGGUAUUCAUUGGAUGUGCAAAGUGGGUCUGAGACCACCGUGAUGGGUGGUGAUGACUGGGUAAAGUUUGUCUCGGACUACCAUUUUGGCGGUGGUGCGUUAGUCGUUUUUUGACACAUCACGGCGCAUGGCCAAGGCAUAUGUAUGCCAUGGUGGUUGCAUGUGUGUUGCAAAUGAUGGAGAUCCAGCUGAGCACAUGAUUGUUGAUGAUGAGGAUGCGGGAGACCAGGGCGCUGCUGCAGAGGGGUCCAACAUUGAGUCGGAUGACGAGCUCCUAAAUGAUGAACAUGAGGAAGUACCUCCUCCACUAGUUGUUUACACAAAGGGUAUUGUUCUAAGUGAUGAUGAAGGAUCAAAGCUGGGUUUGGUUCUUACCAUCAAUUAUGGGUACAUUGGAUCUCCUUUCGUGCACCGUCUCACAAUCACAAACGUUGCAAGCAAGCAGAUGAAAAUCCCAAGCAAGGUGACUGAACAGUUGAGCUUGCUACCAGAAGGUGUUGUCGGUAUUUGCUUUGAAGCUGGAGAAUAUAUGAAUGUCGGAUACCACCAAGAUCGUGAUGGGCGCAUGGUUUUCAACAAGCAAUGGGGUGUCUUUGCAACCCAGAACAAACUUCAAGAAGCAGACGGCGUUGUUUUCAAUUUCAAACCCAGCAACGAAGGGGGCGUAAACAUAAUAUGUGUUGUGCACAUCCUGAGAAUGCCAGCAUAAUGAAGGAAAGGAUGCCAAAAGACAGCAAGUUCAGCAGCGCAGUGUUCAGGAAUCAUCAGCCCCCUGAAGGAACUUUUUUUGUGCUUUUUUAUGUGGCAAUCAACACAACAUCUAAGUAGUAUGAGAGAUCUAGACUUCCAUGUUCCUAUUUUAUUUAUCUUCUAAAUGCUACUAUGUAUGGGUUCCAACUCUUUUUUUGCUAUGCGA